AUGUCGUUCUUCCUCGAAAACCCGAAUCUAGGGGAUAGCUCCCACUUGGAGGACUCUCGAAUCCGCGGUUACAACCCUCUGACACCCCCCAACCUUCUACAACAUGAGAUCGCCUUGACAGAAAAAUCAAGACAAACGGUCAUCCAGGGUCGUGAGGAGGCCAUUGCUGUCGUCCAUGGCCGUGAUACCGAUAAGCACCGUCUGCUGGUCGUCAUUGGACCUUGCUCGAUCCAUGACCCCGAUAUGGCUCUAGAGUACUGCGAUCGACUACUAAAGCUGAAGGAGAAAUACAAGGACGAGCUGCUGAUUGUCAUGCGCUCUUACCUGGAGAAGCCCCGUACCACUGUUGGCUGGAAGGGCCUCAUCAACGACCCGGAUAUCGAUAACAGCUUCAAGAUCAACAAGGGUCUCCGCAUGUCCCGCAAGCUCUUCGUCGACCUGACCAACAAGGGUAUGCCAAUUGCGUCGGAGAUGCUGGAUACAAUCUCCCCUCAGUUCCUGGCGGACUGUCUGUCGGUUGGCGCGGUUGGCGCGCGCACAACAGAGUCGCAGGUUCAUCGCGAGCUGGCCUCCGGUCUUUCUUUCCCUGUUGGCUUCAAGAACGGCACUGAUGGUUCGUUGGAUGUGGCUGUGGAUGCCAUUGGCUCGGUCAAGCAUCCUCACCACUUCCUGUCCGUCACAAAGCCUGGUGUUGUCGCCAUUGUCGGCACCGUGGGCAACCCAGACAGCUUCGUUAUCCUCCGUGGUGGCAAGAAGGGACCCAACUUCGACGCUAAGAGCAUUGCUGAGGCUAAGGAGAAGCUCACCGCAAAGGGCCUGCCCCCUCGUCUGAUGGUUGACUGCAGCCACGGCAACUCGCAGAAGGAUCACAAGAACCAGCCCAAGGUGGCUGCUGUUCUCGCGGAGCAGAUCGCGGCGGGUGAAACAGGGAUCAUGGGAGUCAUGAUUGAGAGUAACAUCAACGAGGGCAACCAGAAGGUCCCGGCUGAGGGCAAGGCUGGCCUCAAAUACGGUGUCAGCAUUACUGAUGCUUGUAUUAACUGGGAGGACACCGAGGUGGUGCUAGCAAAUCUUGCACAGGCUGUCGCGACGAGGAGAGAGAAGCUUGUGGCGAAUGGAGCCUUCAAAUAA